AUGCCCCCGAUGCAGUGCGACGGACAGCUGUACCGGAACACGCUGUACACGCUGCAGCACGAGGCGAGGGCGCUUGGAAAUGGCAACGUGCGGCGGCUGUGGGUGAUGAACAACGUUCUCAACGACAUGGAGCAGCAGCGUAUUGUGGACGCCAUCCUGAGCCACGGGUACUCGGAAGAGGUGCAGCAGCACAGCCGAGCAGCAGCGCAGCCGAGCAGCAGCGUAGCCGCGAAGCCGAGCAGCCGUGUAGCCGCGAAGCCGAGCAGCAGCGCAGCCGAGAAGCUGAGGGUGGUGUGUGGGGGGUGGGAAUAG